UUACACUUUCUAAAUCUUUCGUUACAAAACUGGAACUGCAGCCUAGCGUGCAUGACGUGAAGAAAGUACAAGAGUCUCUCAUUCUAAAUCGUUCCCUUCGAAGAAACUGUGUUCUCCUUGUUUGCUUAGUUGGUCAACUUCACCAGGAUGGAUCCCCAAGGAAAUACAAUGGAUUCUGAGUCAACUAUAGCAGGCAAAAGGAAAAAUGAUAAAGUGUUGAAUUCUUAUACUGAUGAAAUGAAGAUGGUAUCUGCUGCUUCUAUCAUAAAUGAAGAUUUUAGUUCAGAAGUUUCUAAAUUUUCUUUGGAUGGAACUCAAGUUCGUAGUUUAAAGAAAAGACUAAUUGUUCUUGAUAUAAAUGGGUUGUUAGCGGAUGUAGUUUCUCCUCCUCCAAAGGAUCACAAAGCAGAUGCAACCAUUGCGAGGAGAGCAAUAUUCAAGAGGCCCUCGUAUCUCAAGUUUCUGGAGUUUUGCUUCGAUAAAUUUGAAGUUGGCAUAUGGUCUUCAAGAAUGAAGAAAAAUGUUGAUGGAGUCAUUGAUUAUUUGAUGGGAGACAUGAAAAACAGGUUGCUUUUCUGUUGGGAUCUUUCUCAUUGCACUGAAACAAGCUUCAAAACUCUUGAAAAUAAGCAUAAGAGUGUGACUUUUAAGGAUUUGAGGAAACUCUGGGAUAAACAUGAUCUUAAUCUUCCAUGGAAGAAAGGACAUUUCAAUAAAACAAAUACAUUAUUGUUGGAUGAUUCUCCUUAUAAAGCAUUGCUUAAUCCUCCAAACACAUCGGUCUUCCCUCGUACGUUCACUUAUAAGGAUGGAAGCGACAACUCCUUAGCUGAAGGAGGGGAGCUGAGAGUAUACCUAGAUGGUUUGACAAAUGCUGAAGAUAUGCAUAAGUAUGUUGAGGAACACCCAUUUGGCCAAGAAGGCAUUAGUGAAACAAGUGAAUGUUGGGACUUCUAUCGCCAGGUUAUUGAUAGUCUUUCUGCAGGUCAAAGCAACCCUUAAUUUGAAGAGAAAAUGGGAUAUAGAAGGUUCUCUUCAAAUUUGAAUGGUGUUUUUUCCUAUAAUAUUCAUCAAUACUCUACUAGUCUUGGAAAGUUUUAUUGGUUGUUGAAAGUUUCCUUGGAAAAUAUUAUUGGAAUUUAAGAACUGUUUAUCGUUAUGGAUUGUUUAAUUUUCUUAUGGGGUUAUUUACUUAA